UGACUGUGCUUGCAAGCUUCGGUUUUCAUUGUUUAUCACUAUUUUCUAAAAAAUAAAAAUACUGUUUGAAUCGGCGUUACUUCAUUAUGUUUUAAUACAAUACAAGUGAUAUCUUUGCUUUUGCUUUGUUACUUAAUAUAUUUUCACACAUAGAUAGUUGGAAGACCGCAUCUCAAAAUGGCUUUGAGAACUUACGGCGAUAAGCCGAUUAGUUUCCAGAUAGAGGAGGGUGGAGAUUUCUACUGCGUGGGAUCAGAGGUCGGAAACUACCUGCGGUUAUUCCGUGGGUCUUUGUAUAAAAAGUAUCCUGGAAUGGCCAGGAGGACCCUCACAAAUGAAGAAAGAAAACGCUUAGUUGAUAAUGGACUGGGACCCCAUGUUCUUUCCAGUUCAGUUUCAUUACUGAAAGCAUCGGAAGUAGAGGACAUCAUUGAAGGGAAUGAUGAAAGAUACAAAGCAGUGUCUGUAAGUCAAGAACUAGCUACACCAAGAGAGAGCAAGAGCAAGAAGCCUCAUAAUCCAUCAUGGCUUCCCGUUAUGCCAAAUUCAUCCCAUUUGGAUGCUGUGCCACAAGCUACACCAAUAAGCCGCACUAGGGUGCAUAAUAAGAAAGUGCGCACAUUUCCACUGUGUUUUGAUGAUACCGACAUGUCAGCAAUGUUAGAAAAUGCAUCUCAAAAGCAAAUUCUGGUACCGAUUCGACUGGACAUGGAGAUUGAAGGCCAAAAACUCAGAGACACAUUCACAUGGAAUAAGAAUGAGUCUAUAAUCACACCAGAGCAAUUUGCCGAAGUGUUGUGUGAUGAUCUGGAGCUGAACACUAGCACAUUUAUACCAGCUAUAGCCUCAUCCAUCCGACAACAGAUUGAGGCCUUCCCCAGUGAACCACCAGCCAUACUCGAAGAGCAGACUGAUCAGAGACUCAUCAUUAAGUUAAAUAUACACGUUGGAAACACUUCCCUUGUUGAUCAGGUGGAAUGGGAUAUGUCUGAGAAGGAGAACAAUCCGGAACAGUUUGCUAUGAAAUUGUGUGCUGAGCUGGGCCUAGGGGGAGAAUUUGUGACUGGCAUAGCGUACAGUGUCCGUGGACAGCUCAGCUGGCAUCAGAGAACUUAUGCUUUUAGUGAAGCACCAUUGCCUGUUGUAGAGACUCCUUACAGACAACCUUCGGAGGCCGAGGCUUGGGCGCCGUACCUGGAGACGCUCACUAACGCCGAAAUGGAGAAGAAAAUUCGUGACCAAGAUCGUAACACUCGUCGUAUGAGACGAUUGGCUAAUACUACACCUGAGGUGUCUUUAAGCAGGGCUGUAAGUCGGCUUAUUCGUGCAGAUGAAGCAAUGUUCCCUACUACACCUGAGAAACGAAGAAAGAAAAUAUAAAUAGUAUCUUUCAAGAUCAGGACAAAAACGCUGAUAGUGCUAGAUAUUAUUUUAUUUUUGUAAGUUGACUGAGGUCACUCUAAAAGAUAUAAUUCUUUGUGUAAUUUUUAAGUAAAGUAAGUAUUCUUAAAUAAGAAAAUAGCUUAGUGCAUUAAUAAAGUUUGUGGCAUCUUUAUUAAAUAUCGUAAGAUUACUAAUUGCAAUUUAACUGACUAGCCUAAGUUUUACGUUGUUUUGUCUCAUGGUAAUAAAAUUUUCUAUCAUU